AACUCUGUGUCUCACUACAGGUUCAGGAGGGACACAGCGGUUUCCUGCUGUAGGCCAGGAGAGUAAACUCGGUGUGCGGAGCUGGACAGAGGGACCUAGGCGGGUUCGCAACCUGCAACCCCACGUGUAAAGCUCUAGGCAGUGCCCUUGCUACUCCUCAGAGGUGACUUCUCAGAAUGGAGCAGUUUCCUUUAGGCCGUAGGGACCGCAGCGGCGGCUGCCGACCUCACCUGGCCUCGGGACUGCGGGCCGCUCCAUCCGCUUCGCCCGCGCGGCCGGUGCCGUCGGGGAUCCCGGUGUCCGCGGCUUUUCUACGGCCGCCCGGCCUAUUCCUGCGAUCGGCUGCCAGCGCGGGUCGGGGAGGAUGCGCUCCCGGCCCGGGGUUGGAUGGGGCGCUGGGGGCGGUGGGCUGCGGCUACGCGCGGACCCCGAAGUGUGCCCGCUGUCGCAACCACGGCGUGGUGUCCGCGCUCAAGGGCCACAAGCGCUUCUGCCGCUGGCGGGACUGCACGUGUGCCAAGUGCACUUUGAUCGCAGAGCGCCAGCGCGUCAUGGCCGCGCAGGUGGCGCUGCGCAGGCAGCAGGCGCAGGAGGAGAGCGAGGGCGGUGGGCUGCACCGUCUCCUGUGCCCUGGGCCUUCGGGGUCCGGGGCUCAGGCGUCGGGGACCAGCGGCAGAAACGAGAGUCCCCAGGCCCUGCUCAGGUCUGAGGCUAUGGCUGUGCUGGGAGCGGGUGCUUCAAGGCACGCCAGGAGCCAGGCGCUCCCCACUUUCCAGGUUUUCCAGCAAGAUUAUGCCGAGGGAAAGCAGGAACCAAAAGAGAAUAACUGUGGGUCAUGCCAGAGUAGACAUGAAGAACUAGUCUCCAACACCCACCACCGUUCAGUGGGAUCAUCUCCUAAGUGUAAUGGUACCAUCCAGAAACGGGGCUUUAUGUCAUCUAUUUCAGAAUACUCGGACAAACCCAACAUAAUCCAGUCUCCUUGCCCCACGGAGCAAUCUGGAGGAGAAGACAGUCCCAGGUCCUUCUCUUCCUCUGAUCUAGAAUCAGGGAAUGAGAGAGAGUGGAUCAGAGACUACAUUGCUACCAGAGCCAGCCUUUCGACGGUGACCUCAAGACCUCGAGACCCUCUCGGAAUUCUUACCAGGAUUUUUCCAGGUUACAGGCGUAGCCGCCUAGAAGGCAUUCUACAGUUCUGUAAGGGAGAUGUAGUCCAAGCCAUUGAACACAUUUUAAACGGGAAAGAACAUAAACCAGACUGCAGGGACCCAGCACACGCAGACUUGGAAAAUGCAGCCUUUCAGAGAGCUUCAGAUUUUACUCUUGCUGGCAUUGGCUUUGGAACUCUGGGUAAUAAAUCAGCUCUCUCUCCACUUGAAGCUGCGUCUGCUGUUUAUGGAGGAGAUUCAGGUCUCUACAGUUUCAAUCCUAGACUAGCUUUCAGCCCACUGCGCCUGGCAUAUUCUCCAGGAAGAGCGCUGUCUGGCUUGGUGUCGCCCUACCUAACACCUGGGCUGGUUCCAGCAUUGCCUUUUCGGCCAGCUUUGGAUUAUGCCUUUCCAGGGAUGAUUAGGGAGCCGUCCCAUCUUCCCAGCAAGCACUUAAUAACUGGUGGUAGACUGUAUUUCAGGCCCAAUCAGGAACAUGUGUAACAUACCAACUCCACCAUUCUUUGGUGUUUCAGAAACCAUCACACACACACACACACACACACACACACACACACACACACACACACACAUAUUGAUGUUCGUCAUUGAGUAUAAAAGUGGCUUGCCAGCCUUAAAUGCUAUUUUUAAGCAAUGUAUAGACUUUAGACUUGAAGAGUUUUUUUUUGAGCAUUUAUUAAGGCUAAGAAACAUUUGGACAUUAUAUGUGCCUUGAAUAAACCUAUUUCAGGAAAUAAUCUUAUUUUAAACUAUUGAUUUUUCUCCAUAAAUUAUCAUUUCUAUUAUAAAGACAUACCUAUUUUUAUUUUAUUGUAGAGCUGGGCUUAUAGUUGUAAAAAAACUUGUAAAAACAUCAUAUGAUAGACAAUGAACCAAGGGGAGAUUAAAAACUGAGUUUAAUUCUAUGUGGGCAUUGUUCUAAAACAACUCCCUCUCCUUCUCCAUGUCCCCCACCCCACCCCACCACCACAAGUGACCAGAAGUUAUUUCAACAUUUGGAGACAAAUGUUCAUUAGUAAGUAGAUCCAAUAAACUUGAAUAUAUCAUU